AUGGCGAUUGUGAUUGUGAUUGUGAUGGCGAUAGCGGUGACGAUAGCAGUGACGAUGGGAGGUCGCGCGCACCAUAGCAAGGCAGGCCAACAUGGUCUGCACGGGCUUGACUUGGCUUGGCUUGGCUUGGCUUGGCUUGGCUUGGCUUGGCUUGGCUGUGGAAGCGAAUCACAAAACCGCUUCAAGUCGAUUGGGGUGGCGAGACAAGCAGGAAGGUGACUUGCAACGAUG